AAAGUGAUAAGCACUGCCUCAGAAGCCGAAAUGUCCUGAUGAGCGCAAGCCUCUCCGACACGCUAGAGAGGAAGUAGUGGUUCUUUCUGUAUCUCCACUAGGGGCUCAAAGAGAUUACCAGUUGUGAUGUUUGUAGCCUACUUCUGCGCCCAACGCUGUACCGCACUUUUACAUUAGUCCGACUAGUUGAAUUAAUUUUUUAUCGUCAUUGUCAUGGAGUACUGGAGGCAAUGCGCCCUGUGGCUAAUCAGCUGCAAAGUGCUCCCGACUAACCACCGGGUGACAGGGGAGGCUGCCCAGGUGUUCGACCUGGCCCAGACACUGCGGGAUGGGGUUCUUCUGUGCCAGCUUCUAAACAACCUGAAACCUCACACUAUCAACUUGAAGGAAAUCAAUCUCAGGCCACAGAUGUCACAGUUCCUGUGCUUGAAGAACAUCCGAACCUUCCUGAACUCAUGCUGUGAGGUGUUUGGGAUGAAGAAGAGUGACCUUUUCGAAGCCUUUGAUCUCUUUGAUGUCCGGGACUUUGGGAAGGUCAUGGACACUCUCUCCAAGCUCUCUUACUCAACCAUUGCACAACAGGGAGGAUUCAAGCCGUUCCCAGCAGAGGAAAGCUUCAAAGACGAGGACAUAUACAACCAUCUGGAGGACCUGAUUGAUGAGAGUGUCCCUGAGGAUGAGGACUUGUAUGCAGCCGUGUAUAGACUGGAUGACGAUGAUGAAGGAGGAGAGAUCUACGAGGAUCUGAUGAGGACAGAGCUGUUUCCUCCGCCGAGGCAAGCUGAGGUUGAUGUCCGAAGCUGCUGCCUGGCUGAGAUCAAACAGACAGAAGAGAAAUACACAGAGACACUGGAGUCCAUAGAGAAGUACUUCCUGAAUCCCCUCAAGACGUUUUUAUCAGCUGCUGAAAUGGAUCAGGUUUUUGUCAACAUUUCGGACCUGGUAAAAGUUCAUAAGAGCCUAAUGGUGGAAUUACAGGAAUCCAUCCUCGAUAAGAAUGCCUUAAACCUUUACCAGAUUUUCAUCACCUACAAGGACAGGUUGCUCAUCUAUGGAAUAUAUUGUAGCCGAGUAGAGAUAGCCAUUGCUCUGUUGGAUACUAUCUGUAAGGAGAAAGAGGAUGUUCGACUGAAACUUGAGGAAUGCUCUAAAAGGGCCAACAAUGGGAAGUUCACACUGAGGGAUCUCUUGGUUGUCCCAAUGCAGAGAGUCCUCAAGUACCACCUUCUCCUGCAGGAGCUAGUCAAACACACUCAUGAUACGACAGACAAGAACAACUUGAAGGUGGCCCUCGACGCCAUGAAAGACCUGGCUCAGUAUGUCAAUGAGGUGAAAAGAGACAAUGAGACACUCAGGGAGAUUGACCAGUACCAGAAGUCCAUCGAAAACCUGAACCAGCCUUUGGUGAGCUUCGGUCGGCCAAAAGGAGAUGGUGAGGUGCGCAUGGUGCCCCACUUCGACAAGCGGAAACAAGACAGGCACAUCUUCUUGUUUGACGUGGCAGUCAUAGUCUGCAAGAGGAGAGGUGACCUCUACGAGAUGAAGGAUGUGAUCGACCUCAACUACUUCAAGAUCACCAACAACCCCACCACAGACCGAGAUAGCAAGAAGUGGUGCUAUGGGUUCUACCUGACCCACCAGCAGGGGCAGAGCGGCUUUGAGCUCUUUUUCAAGACCAAGGAUCUCAAGAAGAAAUGGUUGGACCAGUUUGAAAUGGCAAUGUCAAACAUUCGACCGGAGGAUGCCAACAACAACUCACACCAGUUCCGGAUGCAUACCUUUGAGAAGAUCACUUCAUGUAGCUCCUGUCAUCUGCUGCUGAGGGGUAUCUUUAACCAGGGGUAUCUCUGUCCCAAGUGUGGACUUGGUGCUCACAAGGAGUGCCUGGGUAGACUUGGAGUAUGUGGAAGAUCAGAUUGUUCCACCUUCAGGCUGCAGAGAGGUACCAUAAUGACUCGGCAACAAGCAGACCCAGGUUUACCCAGGAUGUUGGUGAUCAGAGACUACAGGGGCAUCCCCCCGCCCCCGAACAAACCCCCGUUGAGUGUCCAUGCGGGAGACAUCAUAGAGCUGAUCUGUGCCGACCUCCACAGCUCCUGGUGGCAGGGCAAAAUUCUUUCAACGAAAGAGAUUGGCUUCUUUCCCAGUGAUGUCGUCAGGCCUUGCCCAUGUGUUCCAAAACCAGUUGAUUACUCAGCUCAGCACUGGUUUGCAGGGCCAAUGGAGAGACACCAGGCCGAGGUGGAACUUAUUGAGAGAGGAAACAGCACCUACCUGGUCAGACACAGAAGCAGAGAGUUCACAGAGUAUGCCAUCAGUAUCAAGUUCAAUAAUGAAGUGAAGCAUAUUAAGAUUCUGACCAAGGAUGGGUGCUUUUACAUAGCAGAGAAUAGGCUGUUCAAGACUGUACUAGACUUGGUGGAUCACUACCAGCUGCACUCUUUGAGGGAGGGCUUUAGAAGUCUGGAUACCACCUUGCAGGUGCCCUACAGGGAGCCAGGCAACGGCAACCUGCCUACAGGCCUGGUCAACUCUACCACUGACUGAGCUGCAGUGAGUGUGGAGGCAUGAAUAAAUGCAUUGCUCUGCUCCAGUUGAGCCAGCACAACCACCACCAGGCAGCCAUCAAAGAUGCAAACGCCGUAUCUCCUAACUGAGGCAGUAGCAGCAGUAAUAGCACCAGCAGCAGUAUGAGCAGCAUGGCUCACCCAGUGGGCUUAGCAGAGCCAUCCCUGCUCAGGGCCUGGCAUGCCCCAGGCAAGCCCAGGCAAGCUGCUGCAAACGGGGCUUGCACUCCCAGGCCACACUGCUCUGCUCGGGGAUGGAUUCGCAAUUUUCCUGACAGGACAUGACAUUUCACUCAGAAUGACUGCAGUGAAGAGGGUGUGACAGCUGCUGACGGGAAACAGCUCAGGGACACAUCCAAUUCGAGUUCUCACAAGCCGGAAAAGUUCCUAAAUGUUGUGAAGUGAAGAAGUGGAAGAUAUGCAAGAUAAAUAGACUGGAGCACUUUCAGUGAGACAAAAUGUAAACUACAAUAACAAGGAAGUUUAGUGGACAAAAAACCUUUACAAAGUAAAAGUUAGUGUCUCCUGAAGUAAUUUUGCCACAUCGCUUGUCUUUCCUCCCCUCCUGCUCUGUUGGGCUCUCAGUGUGCUGUGCUUCAAAGCCCCUUUGUGAGGAAUGUUUGUGCUAGCCUGUCAUUCACUCUGGUUCCUUCACACCAGAGCCUUGACAGACUCACCGCUCCCUUGGUGCAUUCUGGGACAUAUUCCCUGACUGAAGUCCUCCUCCACCCUCAUCAGCUCAGAUCCGGUCUAGUGUGGGUAUCGAGGCUGCAGCACGGCGGCGUUCCCCGCUGGCACUACGCCCGUCGAAAAGCAGAGAUGUGUGGGCUAUAAUUGAUGAAAGUCUCAGAGCCAAAAUGGUCAGCCUCUCAAAAUGAAUGACAGAAGAAGAAACAGCCAACCACUAGCACUGCAGAGGCAUUGCUUUCAGACAACAGACUCACUUUUUUUACAUUCUAGAAAAACAAUAACCCCAAAAUAUUUUGGAGGUACAUAUGAGGUACACAUUGCCAGUUUCCAGAGAUCUUCUCCUACCCCUGUCCCUCACCUACCAUGUCUGACUCAUGAGUUGGAAGGAUAUGAGGGAAUAAAACAUAAAAAGGUGUGAGCGUAUGUGUGUGUGCCAGUGUGUAUGUACGCUGGUCAGGCAAGAGUGGAGACAUAUUGGCCUGUGUUUGGCAAUCCCUGUGGGGGUGGGGGCGAUGCAGGGAACCAUAUUGCAGAGUUGACACGAGCUAGUUUACCCAGCAUGCUGGUCUGCCUACUCAGAUGGCCUUUCAGAUGGGAACAGAAGUUGCCGGCUGUACGAUGGGGAAUUGGAGCCGCCGCCUUGACAGGGAUACGUGCUGUGUAGAGUCCCACCUCAUGCUGUUACUUUGGCAUUAGGGUGUGACUUGCAUCAAAUUACUGUGAAAGUCCCAAAGUCACUUUUUUAUGUUUGUUGUUGUUGUUGUUGUUGAUCAUUUACUAUGUCGGGGUAAACAUGGGCAGAGAAGUAAUACAACAGUGGAUCAGUGAAUUGUUAUAGAAGUCUCAGUGUUGUGCUUGCUAACUAUUCUCCCUCUAGCUUUUACUUUUACCUCUUCUUUGACUUUGCUCUCUCUCUCUCUCUCUCACUCUCUUUCUCUCUCUCUCUCU